CCGGAGGCGAGGGUCGCUUGGGCCGCGGCCUUUGUUAUGGUGCCGGGAGCGGCCGGUGCCGCCGCUGCCGUCCGCCGCCGCGCGGGGCCUGCCGGCCGGCCUGCGCCAUGACCCGGCCGUUCGGCGCGGGCGUGCCGUCGCUGGGCCCCCCCGCCACCAGCUCCCGGCGCCAUUUUACGCCGGCGCUCGCGGCCAGAGAGACGGGCCAAGGCGUCAGAAACCAGUCCAUUACAGAGUUCUUCAAACCAGUUUUAAACCAAGGUCUUGGCCAUAAAGACAGAACUGUGUUGUGUUCAAAAGGCAGAAAAGCUGUAAAAGAAGCAGGAAUUGGACUCUCAGUUUUAUAUGCUGACCGUUUUGAAAACAAAAUAUCUUCUCCAAAGGAUGUUGGAAGAAAACAGAUGCCAGUUAAAACACCAAACACAAGUUCUGUGAUAGAUGCCUUUCGGAGAGGCAUUGAGGAGGAAAAGGACAGUGUAAUCAUUGCGGAGAAUGGCAGAGCAAGAAAGAUGCUGGAUUCAUCAUACCCGAAAGUUGUGAUUAAAAAACUCUUUGCAGGGUCUCAUGCCUGUUUCUUGGCCAAAGAGGAUGAAACUGUCAAGUUGGAAGAGGGAAAAAAUGGGGAGUGUCUGGGUGUAACAAGAGAAGCAUUAUCCUGUGGAAAUAGUUGGGAACAGAAAACCAACUGUAUGGAUCUAGAAGACACUAAUUCGGACUCUGACAAACGGGUUCCAUCAUCAGAGGCUGAUGCUCAAAAAGCCUGUACUAAAAAUAAUGGCACUGCAAACAACACCUCUGUGUCUCAAAACCCAGGCCUUCCUAGGACUUUGCCCUGCAGUCCUACUGAUCCUGAGUUCAGAUUGACACUGGAAACUCUUUGCAGAGAAAGGAAAAGGAAGAAACAUAGAACGAAGGAAUCUAAGCCACAUCCUGUAAAGCCAUUCUCAGGAACAAGCAUGUUGCAUCAGGGAAAUGGAUGUCCUUUAAGAAAAAUACCACAUUCUGGUUCAAGGGAGACUGCCUUAGGUAGAAGCAGUACAGAUGACCCAUCUCAACCAAAAACAAAGAAGGUUUCAAAACAUGAGACUUCUUCUCCAAAUGCAUUGAGAACAUCACCUGAGAUGGCCAAUGGUAUGUGGAAGAAGCAGUCAGUUUCUUCAUGCUGCCUUAGCUCCAAGAUGUCUUCUGGGCAAGCCAAAAAACCACAUGUUCCUAAGAAAAGAAAACACCCUGCCAUGAGUGUGAAUGCAGCCGGUUCAAAUCAUUCUGAAGUAUCAGAUUUUAAUGACCCUGCUUUUAAUGCAUCAUCUGCAAAGUGCAAAAAUAAGGUGUCUCCCUUUGUAAAAAAUAUCCUUCUGAAGUCUACUUGUGGUGAUAUUGUGCAGCUAAAAGAGGCUGCUGCUCUAUCUAGAUGCGAUUCCACGCUUCCAGAGGAAUACCUCAACUCAAGAGAUUCAACCGAGAAAAAGAAUUGCUCCUCUGGAAGUUUGUCAUCUUCAUGUUCUGCACAAGGCCCUGGUAAAAAUAACCACAUCUCUGAGGCAGAUACCAAAGAGAAUCAAUUGCAGGUGGCUAACUCAUGCUUUUUCUUGGAAAAGUCCCUUCCUAUUUCUCAGGAAAAAAGUGCUGUGUUGCCUUCUCCUCACGACUUAACACAAACAAAAGGUGUGAAAUCUCACCUCCAGACUGAUGGCUUCUCUCAGGUAUUGGAUGCUAAGAAAGAGCAACGUGGGAAAAGAUCAGAAAGACACCCACACAAUAACACUUGCAGUGUUCAAUCCAGCAAUGGUUUGUCAAAUACAAAAGACAAGACUUCAGAAAGUGCUUCGGAUUCUUGUGCAGGGGAAGUUUGUGGGAAACUUACACUCCCAGAAGAGACUGGUACGAGCAUUCCCCAUACUUUGCCUUUUAAAGAAGGGUGCAUGAACAGUAGUCAUAUGUCUGCACAGCUCUCAGGAGAGAGAAGAGGUGAAAGCACUUGUACAGACAAGUCCAAAUUGAAUGGAAAAUCAAAAAGCAGCUUUGAUAGUGAAGAUGAGAUAUUGAAAUGUAGUCUAGAUGAUGAUGAUGACGAUGAUGAUGACAUAUUCAUGCCACUGCAAGAAAUUCUUUAUUCAAGUCCCAAGCCACAGGCAGGAACUCUAGAAGAGUCUUGUCUCAACAGUUUUUCUCAGGACAUGAGGACCCCAUUGCUGAAGCUUCAUCUUUCUAAGCCUCCUGUUGUUAGCCAGGUGUCAUAUGUGAACAGCUUAGAAAAUCUCUUGAAGGAGAAAGAAGAAUCUAAAAGGGUAGAUGAACUAGAAAAACGGUUACAGGAAGACAUGAAAGAAAGGGAAACUGAUUCUUCAGAUGGAGAUGAUGAGGAUAAUAGCAGCAGAGAUGAAGAUCUCUCAGAAGAACACAGGGCAUUUAUAAAGAGAUUUUCAGUAGUAGCUCAUGCCAUACCUGACUAUCACCCUGGAGAAGAGAUAUUUGAUUUAUCAACCUCUGGGAAAAUCUUCAAUCAACAUGACCUUGACUUGAGGAAUUUUCAAUUCAUCCCUCGAAAUCCUAUAGAAAAGCUCCUUCUCAGUUCUGGAGUAACACAGCAGCUUUCUUUAGCAAUUAAUGGUUUUCUAAGUUCUGCUUACACUUGUAUCUUGUGUCCCAUACCAAUACUGAAGUGGCUUUUCCAGUUGAUAUCUGUUCAUCCUGACUACUGUGUUUCCACCCAGAUUUUAGACAGAUUGAUGGACAUAACACUAAAAAACGCUUCCAUCAGUGAUGAACAGUCUAAACCAUGGAUUCCUUCACUAGCUGAUGUCUCAGCUGUUUUUGUCAAUAUGGGUGUCUCGUUUAGAUCUCUCUUUCCAUUGCAGCAUCUUCAGCCCAACUUUAACGAAUGUGAUAUUUUGGUCUCUUUUAUUAGAAAUCAGAUGCAAGAAACACCAAAUAAACAACAGCCAAAGGGAGACCCAACCUCUGCCUGUCCAGCCUUCUCCAGUCUACCAGAAACUAAUUUAAUUAAUGUCAUUAAGUUCCUAGGUUUCUGUACAACAGUAUUUCAGGGUGGAUAUACUGAUCAAGAAAUAUUGCUGCUGCUUCUGCUGCUAUUUAAAAUAAGCUUGGAGAAACAGUUAAAGCAAAUUCCUUUGAUAGAUUUUCAGUGCCUUUUCAUAAAGCUUCUGAUAAGUAUAGAAGACUGGGAUACAAAGAUGCCCGAGCUCUGCUUGGCAGUGAGUGAACUCUCCAGUCAUCACCACAAUCUCCUGUGGCUAGUUCAGCUGGUGCCUAGCUGGAUAAUCCGUGGACGGGAAGUAAGAAGACGACUCAGCCUAGUGCUAAUUUCAAAGCUGCUUAAAAAGCAGGUAGAAAUACCUGAUGACAGUGACAAGCAGAUGUGUCUUCUGCAUCAGUUUCUUGUGUACAUGAAACCUUCUAAUCUACUGAAGAAGAUGAGAGAAGGACUGGAGCAGCAGAAUGCUGAUGGAGACCACCUUCACACAGAAUUAGAACAGGAGGCAUACUACCUAAUCUACAUCCUCCUCCAUCUAGUCAGUGAAGCCAGUUUCUUUGAUGUUGUAAAUUCUAAUCAAAGGCAACACUUACUGAAGCUUUGUGGUGCCUUAGACAAGCACAUAAAGUCUGACAUUAGGGAAGAUGCAAGGCUGUUUUAUCGAUCCAAGGUGAAAGACUUGGUUGCUAGGAUAUAUGGCAAGUGGCAAGACAUGAUACAAACCACACGGCCUACUCAGGGGAAGCUCCAUGACUUCUGGGAGCCAGAUCCAUGAAAUCUCACCUAGUUAAGGAGAAAGUAACAGAAAAACUCUGCAAUCAAGGAGAAAGUAGAAUGAGUGGUCAGAACAGAGGAAUUCAGUCACCUGAGUUAGAACCUGAUCUUCUUUCAGACAAAUACCAGUAACGGAAGGACCUCAUUUGAUUAACAUUGCUUCUGAAAAAAUAAAGUGGGUAAACUGAAAAGAAGCCAGCUACUUCCAUAGCCCUGUCUGAAUUGGUUAGAAAUACUUGGUCAGGUUGAAAGCUCAGGGAAGUUUUCUCCUUUCCAUUUUGAAUCACGAGGAGUAUUUGAAAACCAUAUGUAUUAGUUUUCCUUCCAGCACACACCCGUAAGUGUCGUUUCAGGAUGAUGGGAAAAGAGCUGCCCUGUGAUGAGCAGUGUAAGUUCAGAAUCAGUGUUAGACCUCCCCUGCUGUGAGGAGGUGGUUCAGAACUGGGCCAAAGAACAAAUUUUGCAGAAUCAACAAAACAGCAUUGGUGUGACCAUCCAGUGUACCCCAGAAGUCCAAAACACAGCAGUUGCGUGUGAACAAGUGACUGUUCUGUUCACUGGAGGGUGCAAACAGAGCUUAAGAGUGGCCAUGCCCAAACAGGUGAAGGGGAAGUUUCUUUGCUCCAUGGUUGUGUUUUUAUCAAACAACAAGAUAGAGUUUGCUAUUACAGUGAUGAAUUUGUCUUCCUUAUCCUGAGGUGCUAACUUAUUUCUACAGUGGAAGUGACUGUGCAGAAACUGCUUCUCUAAAACAGAGUUAUGAAAUCUUAUCCAUCAGUGGUAUUGUUGUACUGCUCUUAAAGAAAGAAACGUCUCUGUAUUGGUUAUGUGUCUCCUUUCUCUAAAUGGAGAAAAUACUGAUCCUGAGUGUCAGCUCAGUGGAGAUGUGGGGACAUGAGCAUUUGGCCCACCUGUGUAAAGCCACGUGAGCUCAAGUGUGAGCUGUUUGUGUAGGUAUUGGGGAGAAACACCAGCUGGGAUUCCCUUCACAACUGAUGUUUUUAUAAAAGCUCCAUGUGCAUUUUAUAAUUCUGCUUCUUUUUAAUUUUGUAGGUUACCCUGUCUUGUCACAUAGGAUACACUCCCUGCCAGUUUCCAUGAUGAGAAUGUAAAAUAAGGCUAAAAAAACCCCACCAGCCCUUCAAAUUUAAGUCUGUGUAUUAAGUCUAAAGGAACUGCUAUAGAGGGGACACCUGUCUCACAGGGAAGGUAUUUUAUUUGCAUAUUCAUAUGAAAUGAUCUGUGUCAAGUGUAGGAGAGCUAGUCUAAGGCCGCAGCAUGAUGUGCCCUUCACGGGAUAAUCAGCUUAGCUUUGUUCAAACAAAAGUUACCGUUCCUGCCAGGGGGAGAAAAUCUCCUUGUUUUAAAUCUCAAUGUGUUAUUUAAGAAUUGGAAGAAUCUACCUCAAAGGCUGUCUUUGUUUGGCAAUAGAAUUGCUUUAGGCUAAAAAAAACCCCAUAAAUUACCCGGUGUUCUAUAGGUAUGGCAAUGCCAUUGUCUGCCCAGCCUGUCUCUGCCAGCCCCAUCAGCCUUCCCUCUGGUAGCAGUUGCUCACUCUGAUGAAUAUAUUGUAUAUAAUUUUAUUCAUGUUUAUAUUUUUUUCUGACUGAUGUAUAAAGUUUAAAGGCAAUUGCAGAUGAUGUUUACUGUAUGAAUGUGUAUAUAUUUUCUUACCCUGUAAAGUUGAAGUCGCUGUCCUGUGUAUUUUGGAGAAGGAAAGGGGAGGAGUUUAGAUGAACAGCUUUUAUACUGCAGUUCAAAGCACACUGAAACUGCUGAGGUCUGGGGUUUUGGGGUUUUUGUUUUUCCAGAUGAAAUAACCACUUUGAUAUUAACUCUUAUUUAAUAGAACAAUGAAAUAAUAAAACCAGACAUGCUUUUCUAAUUAAACACCCCUGGACAAAAUAGGCAUACUUCAGCCCUGUUUCACCCAAAAGAAAAGGGCUGCAGGUCCUAUUUUGGUCUUAAAACACACGCUGUCAUGUUUGGGUUUGCAGCUGAUUACCUUACUAUAAAUGGAGAAAAGCCUUGGAAAUCAUUCUUAGCUCAGCCAGUCCUGUUUUCAUGCUUCAUGUCUGUGUGUACAUUCUGGCGUUUUCCCCUCUCUCUCUUUCCUCUCCGCCCUCCCCCUCCUGCUUCGUCUGGACUCUUCUUCCAUCUGUUUCGUAACAGAGCAGUAAUUCCCCAGUUGCUUAAGUCUAGACGUGGGGUGAAUUGGAGCUCCUGGGUAUCCGUGUGGAGGUGAGCCCAAAGCACCUCCGUGGGGGCUUUCCUGGGGCUCGAUGAGCUGAGCUCUGCUCCAGGACUCCUGGAGAUGAAAUAGCAAACCUGCUGCUCCUCGUGUUCUGCCGACUCAUUUCCUGGCCCCCAGCCAGAGGUUACAUGCAUGGGAAACGGCUGUUUGCACAGUACAUGUCCUAACUGUUUGGGUUGUCUUCAGAUAAGCAUUUUGCACUGAGGUUUCUCUUUUGAUAUUACGUUGGCUGUAUUAAGAGCCAUUUUAUCUCAUUUUAUGUGAAUUUAGGUGCACUUUAUUGCAGUAAUCGCAGACAGAAAAAUUAAAGG